AUUCCCUUUGCCGGCGAGGUAAUCCUGAAUUUUCGUGCGUUACUAUGGAGUCUACUACGGAACAAUAAGCAAGCGUUCGCCAAGGCAGUCGAAGCACUGUCUGCUCUUCCAAGAACAGCUCCAUGGCAGACAUUCUCAUUGCUGCCUCUGAUCAAUAACCAGAAUGCGCAGCUGUUAGGGCUCAUGGCUUCCAAAGGCGGCCUGCUCGGCCAGCUACUCGAGGAACUGAUCGAGUUCGUCCUUUCUGUCGCAGGAUCCCACGAACAACCCGCUCAGGCUAGCAAGUGGCAGUGCAUUAAAAACUGUUUGAAAUGGGGUGUGAACCCGAACUAUGUCUUCGAUGACGGGAUGUCCUUGAUGGCACAUGCCAUCGUGAAGUCAACAGUGAAUCCGUACAAACAGUACAGGGAGGUGAAGAUUUUACUUGCUUAUGGGGCUGACACAGGCUGUCUCACUUCGCUACCGGACAAGGAUUCAAUGCUGCAUCUAGCAUGCCUUUAUUAUCAGCCUAAGAUCGUGCAGGAGUUGCUCGAAAAAGCCGCAGACCCUAACCUGAGAGACGCGUACAACCGCACACCCAUCCAUAGGUUAUUCGACAGGCACGAACUCAAGUCGAGAGACCGGGACUACCUGCUUGACAUUCUCCUCGCGGACCCAACCAAAUUCGUCAGCAGAGUUGUUUAUUUGCCGGAGAGGGUCGACCUCAAUUCUCAAGACAACGAGGGGAAAACACCGCUUUGUCACGCCAUUUCCAUCGGCGAUUGUUACAUGGUCCGUCUUUUCGUCCCACAGGACAGACUUGAUCCCAACCUCGGUCCGGCAGAUGCAUUCCCUCUGCUUCUCGCUGUUAAUUUUGAUAAGCUGGCGGUUCUUGAAAUUUUGCUAGACUCGAGACAACUCGAUCUGAACAAGCAAACUAGCGAAGGGGAGACCGCCUUGCUGAGGGCAAUUCAUAUUGGCAAUAGGGAAGCCGUAAAGUUGCUUGCCCGAGCUGGUGUCAAUCCCGACAUCGAAUCACGCGAAGGUGAGGAGACAGCACGAGAGGCGGCCCUCAAUGCGGGUAUCCUUGUCAGCUGGCUUGUCAGCUGGAAAAGGCCUCGCCUGAACUAG